UUUAAUUUAAGAUUUAAUUUUAAUAAAUAACUUUGAAUUAAUUUAAAGUCUUUUAAUUUUUAUAAAAUAAUAAAAAUAAUUUAAAAUAAAUUUAGGUUGCUUUUCUAUCCCAAGACGAUAAGGCUCGUGUACCUCUGGGGAAAACUGCAGCAAAAUUGCAAGCUCCCAUAAUUAUGCACCUCGAAUAUAGAGUACAACUCCCAGAUCACGAUUGGGUAGUCGCAGGUGGACAUAAACUUAUUCCUUCAGUCUACGCCGGGAUUGUCAUUAAAGAUGGGCCAAUAGGAAAAAAAACUAACGUCUCUUACUCGGGACCAACUUACAUAGCAAUAAGGAGUGCAAAGCACAACUCAUCAACUGCCUCUACCCAUGCGUUUGAUCUGAAAAGAUUAUUAGAACUCGAAAGUUUCAAUACGAUAAUGCGGAAUAGUAAUGGAUCUAUUAAACCGGUACUAAUAUUAUCAGUAGAUGGUGGGCCGGAUGAAAAUCCAAGAUAUGAAAAAGUGAUAGCACAUGCAAUCAAUCAUUUUAAGGAAUUUGAUUUGGAUGGUAUUUUUAUUUUCACAAAUGCGCCAAACCGGAGCGCUUUCAACAGAGUUGAGCGGCGAAUGGCUCCCUUAAGCAGAGAACUAACAGGUGUGAUUUUGCCUCAUGACAAGUUCGGAAAGCAUUUGGGAGAUAAUGGUGAAACCAUCGAUUCUCAGCUCGAGCUAGAAAAUUUUGAACAUGCUGGGAAUAUCUUGAGCGAUAUAUGGAGUAACACAAAAAUAGAUGGGUUUGAAGUGUUCGCUGAAUAUAUUUCUCCAUCAUUAAAUGAAAAUUUAGAAUCACCUGAAGUUCCAAGUCCAACAUGGUAUUGUAAACAUGUUUUUGAAAGUCAAUACUUUCUACAGAUUAUUAAAUGUGAUAAUGUUAGCUGCUGCCAACCUCUUCGAAGCGACUUGAAGAAAGUAUUAAUCUUUGGACGACUUCCGCCGCCGAUUCCUUUACUUCGAGAUCAAUCAGGACUUCGGAUUCCAUCACCUAAUGAGGGAAUAUUAACCACAUUUGCUAGUCUUUUACAACGACAUUCGCUAGAUCUAAAGCCAAAUCACGAUGGAUUUCUGAUUAUGCCGUACGAUAUGUAUUGUCCUUCUGUGCAAUCUGAUCUUCUCAAUAGAACGUGUAAAUAUUGUGGAUUUUACACAGCUACAAAGAAAAGUGCUCAAAAACACAAAAAAUCUUUGCACCCUUACGGAGUACUUGAAACUUCUAGAAUACGACCACUAUGUGUAGUUGCUCGACGUGCUCGUGAAGCACUUUGUUAUGUAACACAUAUUUCGGGCGAAGAAGCAGAAUGGAUUGACAUCGAAGAUAUCGAUGAACAAUUCAUAAAUAAUGAAACCGAGUCGUCACAAACAAGCAAAGAAUUACCUAUUCCAGUUGUUACCUCAUUUGAAAAUUGGUUGCAAAACCCAUUUAUCGAAGAUUGUGAUUAUACAAUUGAAGACAACAUGCGUUAUUAAUUUAAGAGAGAAGAUUAUAGCUUUAAAGUUAAAUCAUUGCCAGUAUUAUUAUGAUUA